AUGCUCGAAGACGAGUACGAUUUGUUUAUAGAAAAUGCGAAAAAAGUUGCUGAAUUACAUGAACAAGGUUACGAUGUAAGACGCAUCGCGUUUCCAAUACUUUCUUUGAAAAAUUCGGUUUCAGGUGAGAGAAAUGGCUGCGGACCUCGUCAAACAGGCGAAUUCGAUCGAUCCGAGCACGAUUCCGUCCACUCUCGACGGCUGCAAUCCACUUCUCCUCAGCCAAAAAAUUGAGGUACACUUUUGAAGUGGAAUUUCGAAAAAAUAUUAAGUUUUCAGGAGAUUUCCCGGCGCGAAAGUCCGUCCGUUUCGCCAGUCGUUCGCCGUCGAACAGAUUCUCGAAUUUCAGAUAAUCUAAAUAUGAACACUAAUGAUAAUAAAGUAAGUGAAUAUAAAGCUGUCAAAUUUUUCUGAAAAACAAUGCUUGCAGCCUGCAUACGAAAUUUCUCCACCAGCCAAUUCUAACGAAAACACGUGCUCCCGCUUCCUUCUUCAUGUUUUUAUAGUCGUUCUCAUUCUUUGUGUCAUUUACUAUCUGCAAUUACCGCCGCCCUGUCCUGGUCCUGUCUGGUAA